AAACCACGUACACCACUGAGUAGACAGAGCGGUCUUGGCUUGAUGCUAGCUGGCUAGCUAACGGUCUGUCAAGUCGCACACAUUGGGUUAGGAGGGGAAGCGCAGUGGUGGAGAAGAAGGGAGACCCAAGCCCCGCUACGAAAUGGCCGGGCAACAGUUCCAGUACGACGACAGCGGCAACACCUUUUUCUAUUUUCUAACGUCCUUCGUCGGACUUAUUGUGAUCCCAGCCACAUAUUACAUCUGGCCCCGGGAUCAGAAUGCUGAACAACUACGUCUAAAGAGCCUGAGGAGGGUACAUGGCAGAUGUCUGUGGUACCGUCUCAGGUUAAUGAAGUCACAGCAGAGUAUAGUCCCAACACUAAAGAAAGCAGCCUUGCUAUUUGGGUGGGCCGUGUUCCUGCUGCUUGCGUACAAGGUGUCCAAGCUGGACAGAGAGUACCAGGAGUACAAUCCUUAUGAGGUCCUCAACUUGGACCCGGGUGCGUCUCUGUCAGAAAUCAAGAAGCAGUACCGUCUGCUCUCUCUCAAGUUCCACCCUGACAAAGGUGGUGAUGAGGCCACAUUCAUGAGAAUUAGCAAAGCCCAUGCUGCUCUGACCAAUGAACAGUCGCGUCAGAACUGGCAAAUUCACGGUAACCCUGAUGGUCCAGGAGCUACCAGCUUUGGUAUUGCCCUGCCCGCCUGGAUUGUUGACCAGAAGAACUCAAUGCUGGUUCUGUUGGUGUAUGGGUUAGCAUUUAUGGUCAUCCUUCCUGUUGUUGUGGGCACAUGGUGGUACCGCUCCAUCCGCUACAGUGGAGACCAGAUCCUCAUCAAUACUACUCAGCUCUUCAUGCACUUUAUGUACAAGACACCAAACAUGAACAUGAAGCGAUUGGGUAUGGUGUUGACAGCAGCAUUUGAGUUUGACCCCCGCAGCAAUAAAGAAGCCACCAUACGACCAACGGACAACAUUGAAGUGCCACAGUUGAUCCGAGAAUUAGGAAAUAUCAACGUAAAGAAGAAGGAGCCUCCAUUCUGUUAUCCUUACAGUUUAAAGGCCAGGGUCUUAGUGCUUGCUCACCUGGCUCGUAUGGAUAUAUCAGAGGAGUUGGAGGAAGAUCAGAGGUUUGUGGUGAGGAAGAGUCCGGCUCUCCUGCAGGAGAUGAUCAACGUUGGCUGUCAGCUCACAAUGAUGGCCAACAGUAGAGGAGGUUUCCAUGCUCCUCGACUUGUCACCAUAGAGAAUUGUAUGAAGCUGACCCAGAUGAUAGUGCAGGGUCUGCAGGAGUCAAAAUCACCACUACUGCAGCUGCCCCACUUUGAGGAGGAGCACCUCCGCUACUGCAUCUCUAAGAAGUAUAAAGUUCGAAGCCUUCAGGAUCUGGUGAGUCUGAAGGACUCUGACAGACGCAGCAUGUUGCGUUACCUGGGGGAAGAAAAGUACGAUGAGGUCAUGGCUGUGCUGAGCAGCUUCCCUCACAUCCACAUGGACACGAAACUGCAAGUCCUUGAUGAUGAAGACAGCAAUAACAUCACAGCAGGCUCUAUCGUCACAGUGACCGUCACCUUAACCAGAAAACGGAUGGCGGACAUGUUUGAAAAAGAGCAGGAUUCAACACCAUGUACAGGAGAGGAGGCCGCCACUACAGAGGAAGCACAAGCAGAUGCUAAUAAAGCCAAAACCAAAGUGUGGCAGAACAAGGGCAAAGGGGCAAAGAAAACAGCCAAGUCAAAGAAGAAAAAGAUAACCAAGAAGAAGACAACUCCCGUGCCUGCCAAAUCCAAACAGGCCAACGGCAACGUGGCAGGAAAUGACAGCGUAGCAGCAACGCCGGCAGCAGCAAAGGAGGAGGAGGAGGAUGCCUCAGACAAAGGCAGCGAGUCAGACGAGGGCGAAACUAACAAGGACUCUCCCAGUGAAAGAGAUGAGGACAGUGACAAGCAGAGCGACACAGAGGUGGAUGAGAUUGCUGGUGACGACGAGGAGGAGUGGGAAGCACUGCAGCAAAGCAUUCAGCGGCGAGAAAGGGCCCUGCUCGAGACCAAAUCAAAGGUGACGCACCCCGUCUACAGCCUUUACUUCCCCGAGGAGAAGCAGGAGUGGUGGUGGCUCUACAUCGCUGACCGCCGGGAUCAGACCCUCGUUUCUGUUCCCUACCAUGUCUGCACACUUAAAGACUCAGAGGAGGUAGAGCUGAAGUUUCCAGCUCCUUCCAAAACAGGGAACUACCAGUAUUCUGUCAUCCUUCGCUCUGAUUCCUUCCUGGGACUGGACCAGAUCAAACCACUGAAGUUGGAGGUCCACGAGGCCAAAGCCAUGCUGGACAACCACCCGCAGUGGGAUAUCCCCGACACAGAGGAGGAGGACGAGGAGCAGGAGGACAGCGACGGCAUCGAAGAGAGCGAGGACGAUGACGAGGACAACGACUGAGAGCGGGGAUCCAUCAACACAUGUGCUCGUGCACCAUUCACACAAACACACUCACACACACACACAGUCACACACACACAGCCAACCAUCCUUGACCCCACAACAGCACUCAGCAGUGAGAAUGAGGAGCAGCAAAGCCCUGCCUGCCACACAACUCACACUUACACACACUGAAUUAUCGGGGAAAUCUACACACAGCCCUCCUCCCUCUUGUCUGUUUUACCCUGACAGUGACGCAGACUGAUGGACUGGACUGUGACCAUUUUGCUCUCUUUUCUACAGAGACUUGUUCUUUCACUUCCUGUCGCCGGCGGAAGAGAUUUCUGUGAAUACUUAUACCUGGCCCCAUGUGUGCGUGUUGGUGUGCGCAUGUGAGGGUGUGUUGUGUGCGUGUGCCGUGUGUUUGUUACCUCGUAUGUGUUUGUACAGGUAUGAAAGAUUGUCACACUGUGGACUGGAGGACCUAUAAUCUGGGCUUUUUGUCCCUGAGCGGGAGAAAGGGGGGGGACAUGCAACCUGCUAAUAACUCUGUGUGCAUAACUAACAAGAACACGCAACUUCUGUAAGCAAGACUUCAUUCUCGCACAACACAUGUUGUUGUUUUUUUGUUUUUUUUUUAAACUCACUUGGCACCAACAACUUUCUGUUGCACACUGAAAACUGCAGAAGUGUGAGCUU